AUGUCUGCCGAUACAUCAGAUCUCACAAAGGUCGACUCUGCCAUCGCUGUCGAUGAUGCCACGCACAAGGAUGCCGUCAAGGAGACUAAGCGAAGAACAACAUCCAGUGCUCCUGGUGUGAUGAACAUCAACGAUCUUGAGAAGGAGGGAGUCAAGAUCGCCGUCGCUGCGGAGACGCAGAAGACCGGAUGGAAACUCAACACCUCACCUUCUACGGUCGAAGAUCCCUCGAUCCUGAAGAAGCAGCUCACUACGCCUCCCGUCAAAAAGAUCGACCUCCACUUUCCCUUGGGUCUCGAGGUCACUGCAAGGAACCUGAAAGGUGUCACGAUAAAGGAUGCACUCGAUGCCAUUCACAAGCAGUUCAAGAAGAAGGCUGAUGAUGAGAUGGAAGAACCAUACCUCAAAGGCUUCGAAUGGGACCCGGAGGAGUCAUGGACGAGACUCAAGGUCCACACUCAGAAAGAAGGCCUGCCAGUCGGCAAGAAAUCCAAGAAGAAGGGUGGCGAUGAGUAA